UGGCGUGGAAUAGAACAAAAAGGGCUCGCUACCGGGACCCGCAUCGCAGAUCCUCAGGAACCACCUACAACCACGAUCACAAAUGGCAGCGGACACGAGUGGCAACGACUCGAGCGUCACGCAGCAGGAACCAGGGACGGCCCAGAGGGAAGGAGAUGCCAAUGUGGCCGCACGGAGCAACGCGGGUAGUUUCAUGACCGCCUGGUGCCUCGGAUGCCUCUGCUGUUGCUGUUGCCUGUUCGUCGUUCUUCCUAUUCUCUACUUCGUUUCACUGUCCCUGUCAGUAAGCAGUCGCUUCUGGGAAUUGAUGACACCGGAGGAGUACGAGUUCGCCGAGUGGGCGACAGUGUCCGACGUCCACGAGUGCUCGUCUGUCGUCAGGGAUGUCUUCUCGAAGAAUGGAAACCUAGGCGACGCCGCUGUCUCCGCACUUCUCUGCAUGGGUGUCGCGGCACCGCACCUGAUGGGCCUCGGCGGGGGAUUCCUUGCGCUCUACUACGACGAGAAAAGCGAUAAAGUCGAAGCUUUGAAUGCACUUGGAAUAUCGCCAGCUGACGUGACCAACGUGGAUGAGAACGCAGUCAAGCGAGGAGCGAAGGCGUCGAUUGUGCCGGGAGCCGUACGAGGAUACAAGGAACUUCACGAAAGACUCAAAGGAACCAUGAAAUGGGAAGAUCUCUUCACCCCCGCUAUUAAGUUGGCCAAGGAAGGCUUUCCCAUCAAGAAGCACUUUGCAAAAGUUCUCGCCAAGCAUGCAACUGAAAUAUCCAAUACGGACAUCAAGAAAAUCUUCCAUGGCGUCAGCAAGGAAGGCGACCAGCUUGUGCAGCUGGAUCUGGCAAAACUUUUGGAGGAUAUUUCGAAGAAAGGUGCUGAUCAUUUCUACACCGAAGUCGGCGAAGAAAUCGUCAAUGGCCUGGGAGCAGAUGCCGUGUUGACCAAGGACGAUUUCAAAAACUACAAACCUACCUGGUCUCAGCCAGUGACGACAGAAUAUUUAGACUACACAUAUUACACUGCACCUUUUCCAUCCAGCGGUGUGUUACUCCUCCAAGUGAUUCCAUGGACAUCGCUCGUACUCUCGGGGAAGCUGAAGCAGAACGAAGAUGGAGUUUCGGAAUCCUUAGCACAUGUCAUAGAUGCAUUCUUCAGCCCCAGAUUGGAGCAGAGCCUGAGUAACGUGCUUGCAAAGUUACCAGACCUCGAUGGAGAUGCGCCCGACAAAGGCUUUCCGGAACUUGUGAAAGAAAUAAAGGACAGCAUGAAUUUUCGACAACCAGUCAAGAACUCACAGCACAAGAUCGUUCCAGACUAUGGUGGUGUCCACUUAUCUAUAAUCAAGGGUUACGAAGCCGUGACUAUCAUCUCCGGCAUCAACGAACCGUUUGGAAGCAAGAAGGCUUCAGUACCAGGCCUCAUCAUGAACAACUACAUGAGCGCGUUCGCAACGACACCCGAUGUGCCAAAUGGUCUUAAAGGCGGCAAGCAGCCCAGGACAUCCAUGGUCGCCGUGUUCGCGAAAUACAGCGGACAGCGAGUCCUCCGCUUGCAGGCGGGGGCCGGAGGAGGACUUCCUGGAAUGUGGGCUUUGGUUGAGGUCUUAAAGUGCAUCUAUACUCGCAAUGUUUCCACCUGCGUCCGGUCGCCGACUAGAACCCUUCCCACACCACCCGUGACCGCAGGCAACGAUCCCGACAUUGAGGCCACGGCCAGUGGGAUAUUCGCCAAGAAGCCCCUCGUGUCGUGGCUCGCCCCGAACGACAACGUGCACUGCGACGGUACCAGUGACGGCGAGGAAACAACGGCGCUCGAGAAGUACAAAGCAGUCGAAUCGAAAGACUACUGCGAGAGGACAAAAGAAUGCGACAUGAUUCAGCAGAUAUAUAAAGAAAUUGCUGAAGAGAAGAUAAAGACUAGGCACAAAUAGAGAGCAACAUUGGAAGAUCUACUCGUAGUGUUUUUUUUUAAUCUCUUUUCUUAGUUUUUACCGUGAAGGUGAUAGUGCGACUGAAGCGCUCAAUAUAAUACUAUGCGAUUUUCUAGGUUUUCCGAUACCAGUACAACGAAGUUUGCGUAUUGAAGAAAUGCGGCAAAUGCAAGCGUGAAUGACAGGCAAAAUUUGAAAUGUAGGGUUUCUUAAGGAGUAAUUGCUUGCUGAUAAAAGUUCGUCUUCGGCCUGUUUCGAUACGUAAGUGCAGAGCUUCCAUGAUCUACCGCUUCAAUCUAACCUGGAGAAAAUGUAUCACCAUCCAGGCAGGCAAGUGUAUAAAUGGUAG